UUGUCCGAGGAAGGAGCGGGAGGAGGAGAUCCUCUCUCCCGCUGCCCACGCUCCCGUCUCUUUCCCAUAUUCCCACCCCUCGCUCCCACAUUCCCUUCCCUGUCUCUCCCUCCUCUGCUACGUCAGUCCGCCCACCCCUAGCACAUGCGGCGCCUCCCCGCGGCGCGGUGGCUCGUCGCCGUGGCGGUGUGUGCUGCGGCGGCGGCUCUCGUGCUCGUGGCGCGGCCGGCGGGCGCGGCGUGGUGCAUCGCGCGGAGCGGGGCGUCGGAGAAGGCGCUGCAGGCGGCGCUGGACUACGUGUGCAGCCCUGCGGGGGGCGCCGACUGCGCGCCCAUCACGGGCAGCGGGCUCUGCUACCUCCCCAACACCCUCGCCGCGCACGCCUCCUACGCGUUCAACUCCGUCUUCCAGCGCUCGCGCGCCGCGCCAGGGGCCUGCGACUUCGCCGGCACUGCCACCAUCACGCUCACCGACCCCAGUUAUGGAUCAUGCACCUACCCUUCAUCGCCGAGCACUGCCGGGCAGUCAGGAUCAGCAGGUUCAACAUCCACCACGCCGAGCACUCCCACAUCUCUAUCGCCACCGGGCACCGAUAGCACAGGCAGCUCUGGAGGCCUGAGCCCACCUGACUUCGGCCCCGAGUCCGAUGCCGAAGCUCCGGCUGCCGCAUCUUUCCCAUCUCUUGCUCUGUUCUGUUUCAUGCACUUGUUGUUGCAGUGGUGGUGAUACAUGGACGAUCUAGUUAGUAGGCUAUAGAUCUAUAGAGCAUUGUUGCAUAGUUGCACUUGCAUCAUAAUGAAAGAAACCACCACAGUUUUGUUUCAGGGAAUUGGUUGGUUGGUGGUAGCGAGGUUUGUAACCUGCCGUUCAAGUGAAAGGCUAGAGUGCCGGUCAGUUGGAUUUAGUUCAUUCUGCUUACUUUUUUCUUGGG